UAAUCAGCGCAGACUUAGGACAGAAUUGUCGAUAGGUACUCUUGAUAAUGGCUGAUCGCCUCCCACAUGUCCAUGUUUUUUUCCCUUUUUUUUUUCUCACUUUCCUUUGUUUGGUUGUUUCUGAGGUCCGCGCUCUUGCUGUCUUCGGACUUGCGGGGACACGCAAAACAAACCGAUCCAUAAGGGGCAAGUUUCAUCCAUUCGGCAUGUUGUGGAGUCUGCCCCUGAGCCACCACAACGGUUUCUAGGGCAACCUGACACGGCCUGCGAAGCUCUUCGUUACUCAAGAUGGAUUCGACGGCCGGUCUUCCCGUUGGCCGGAUGACCGAACAUGC